AUGUCCGCUGUAUCGGCCGAUAAGCGACCAGCCACUGGCCAUCUCAUUGAUUUCUCCGGUGAGACAUCGCCGCCCGUCACUUACGAUACUCCGGCCAAAGACGAACAGAAACCAUCCGACUCGACCGACCAUAUGACUUCUUCCGUCGCCACGCUCAAGCCCUCCAAACCCGUCUCCGCCGACACACCAAGACAAUACCUGACCAUCAGCACGACCGGAUAUGUCGACCCGACCCCGCCUACUCCGACAGCUUCCGGUCCACCGUCUCGCGCCACCUCCAGCGCCGGUUCUCGAAAUGAUGCCUCUCCCACAAGGUCCGAUGUCGCUUUCGACGACCGGAGAUAUGCGAGUGAGGACGAUCAGGAAGGCGGAUCAAGAUCGGAAAUCCAGAGCAUCAUGGAGCAGUUCACCGGCGACGGCGGCGGCCCGGGGGCUGACGAGGUAAUGAGUCCUAGGCUGGAGAUCACUUCUCCCAUUCUAGCUCCACCCAUUCAACAUCCACCACGCAAGUCGAGUCUCGAGCACCUGGGCAGCACCUCCCAGACGACCACCCAUUCUCAGGAGCCACUUCGGUUGUUGAGCAGUUUGCCGUCUUCCCCGGCCACCGCGAGGGGCCCCGAGACGACGUUGGACGAUGAGGGCCCUCCUGUGCCGCCCAAGGACAGCCUUUCAAGAAUCUCGUCACUCCCUCUGCCACGAGAAGAUGGCAGAACCACGGCUGAUGGACUCAUGUCGCCCGCUGUGCCGAUACCCCGACCACCUCCCCCCGAACCGGAGCCUGAGCCGGCGCUGCCCUUUGAUUUCCACCGCUUUCUGGAGCAGCUGCGGAACAAAAAGGCCGACCCGGUGGCCCGUUACCUCAAGUCCUUCCUGUCGGAAUUCGGGAAGCGACAGUGGAUGGUGCACGAACAGGUCAAGAUCAUAGGCGACUUCCUCGCCUUCAUCGCGAACAAGAUGGCCCAGUGCGAUGUCUGGCGGGAUGUAUCGGACGCCGAGUUCGACAACGCGCGCGAGGGUAUGGAAAAGCUGGUCAUGAACAGGCUCUACACCCAGACUUUCUCUCCCGCCAUUCCCGCGCCGCAGCCGAUCCCGGGUGCGAAGCCCAAGAAGAGGGGAGGGGAGCCGCCCCUCGGUCCGGGGAGGAGGGGCCAGCAUCAAGAAGACGUCGAACGGGAUGAGAUAUUGGCGCAAAAGGUCAGCAUCUACAGCUGGAUUCGAGAGGAGCACUUGGAUAUCCCGGCCACCAGCGAGAGCGGGAAGAGGUUUCUCAAGCUAGCACAACAGGAAUUGCUCAAGAUCAAGUCAUACCGUGCACCCCGGGACAAGAUUAUUUGCGCACUCAACUGCUGCAAGCUCAUGCGGGAUGUGACAGGAUUGCUGAGGCACAACAAGUCGGACUCCUCGGCCGACUCGUUUAUGCCGCUCCUCAUCUACGUCGUCCUUCAGGCGAAUCCCGAACAUUUAGUGUCGAACGUCCAGUACAUUCUGAGGUUCCGUAACCAGGACAAGCUGGCGGGCGAGGCAGGCUACUACCUGUCGUCCUUGAUGGGCGCUAUUCAGUUCAUCGAGAACAUGGAUCGAACCAGCCUGACCAUCACAGACGAAGAGUUUGAAAAGCACGUGGAGGCGGCUGUUUCGGCCAUUGCAGAGAAGCACCGCUCCGAGGAGGUGGAGGCAAACCAGCCGCAGCGCCAGCCGCACCAACAGCGGCGGCAGCAGCAGCAGCCGCUCUCCGAAAAAACACCUUCUAGUUACCUCCCAUCAACGGGUAGCGAGCCGGCAUCCUCAUCCAACUCGAGGCUGUCGGUCGAGGUGACGACGGGGGACUCGACUCCACGGCGCUCGACCUCCUCCAACGACGGCGAAUCAGACGAUAGAGCCGGCAUCACGGGGCUACUGCGUACUAUCCAGCGACCCCUAUCGACCAUCGGGCGUAUGUUGACGGACGAACCGGCCGGCGGGUCGUCGGAAGGAGCACGCACGCCGCAGCAGCCGGUCGAGCGCAGGGACGAUGCUGCUGCGGCGGCGGCGUCUCGACAUGUCCUCUCGGCGGAGGAGGCGGCGGCGAGGCAAGCGAGCGCGGAGACGGCCGAGGCGCAUCGGCUGCACAGGGCGGAGCACAAUAAUGUGGUGGAGACGUUGGCGGGAAUGUUCCCGGAUCUGGAUCGGGAGGUCAUCUCGGACGUGGUGUACCAGAAGCAGGGACGGGUAGGGUUGGCGGUGGAUGCGUGCUUGGCAUUGUCUUCCUAG